AAAGUAUCCAAGCCUAAGAAGCCAGCGGAUCACCCAUCGUAUUCUAGUAUGGUGAAAGAUGCAGUCACCGCACUGAAGGAGAGGGGUGGCUCGUCCAGACAGGCACUUCUCAAGUACGUCAUGGCCAACUACAAAGUUGGAGACAACCCGAAGGCAAUCAAUGCCCGUCUCAAGACUGCUUUGAAGAAUGGUGUUCAGAGUGGAAUACUGAAACAGGCUAAAGGCACAGGUGCUGCAGGUUCAUUUCGUCUCGGCGAGAAGAAAGCAGAAAAGAAACCUGCUGCCAAGAAGACUGCUGUUGAGAAGCCAAAGAAGGUUAAAACUCCCAUCAAGAAGGCAACCAAGAAGUCGGCAGGAGACAAGAAAGCUAAGCCUGCAGCUAAGAAAACCAAGUCCCCUAAGAAGACCGCAAAACCAAAGAAAGCAAAGACGCCCAAGAAAGCAAAGGUGGCAGCAAAGCCAAAAAAGGUCAAAACGCCCAAAAAGAAAGUCGUCAAGGCAAAGAAAGCCUAAACUGCAGUCACGAGAG